AUGACACUACUGUUUCUGCAUUGGGUCCUGGCUCUGAGUGCCUUGGAUCAAGUUCUCGGGGGACCAUUACUGCCAAGAGCGGGUAACGAUCCGAUAUUUGGCGAUAGUGGCGCCCCGGCCGUCAAUGACCUCAAGCAGAUCGAAUAUUCACAGGGCGAUCACCCAUUGUCUUCAGCGACUGUGCCCGAUUGUGGUUUCAUGUCUGUCCUUGGGGCCAUUACCCACGUUUCCCCAGCUUGGUUAAAGUCAAAACUUACAGUCCUCGACGGGACUGUUGAUGCUGCCACAUCGGUUCGAAUCCAAAUGUACGAUUAUAAUUCGCUCGCUCCCCAAAUGCAAACUGUCACACAUGACGAAGCGUCGGUGAACAAUGGAGAUAGAACUGAUAUCUGGUGGCCGGGGGCGUUCGAAUAUGCCGGAAUCAAGGCUGGACUACCCUCUGCCAAUGGUCUCCUUGGACCUGUCCUUCCUGGAGAUUCCAUGUCUGCCUUGACGGGCCUCAAAUCCGAUGGGAAGAUGAAGCCUACCGCCGACCAAUUGUUUGACUAUGCGUUGAAAGCGACGAGCAUGAAUACUCCCAUGGUAUUUCAAACACUACCGGACGGUGCCAAAGUACUCUUGGGAGGUCAUGCUUAUGGCUUGUUUGGAGGCAGUGGGAGCGGAUCCGGACGAAAGCUCACCCUCUUCAACCCUUGGGGCAGCGUUGAGGACUAUUCCCUAUCCGAUGUCGCUGGUGACUGUUAUUUGGUAUGGUUCCUUUCAAACUUUGAUACAUUUGGCGGUGAAGGAGGUGGAGAUGGCUCAGGCGAUAGUGACAGACCGAAAUCGACUAAACGACCGGAUCCCUCUCCGACGCCAGAUCCAGUCGUCAAUGUUGUCCAAGCGGAUAGAUGGACAGAGACCAAUCGUGUCACAAAGACCGAAGGGAACAUGGUCAUUGUCCAAGAGAUGGUGACUGUGCAUGUCUAG